CUGUAUAGAAGCUGCCCAAAGUAUAAACUCUGGUUUUAAAGUACCAUGUCCAGCCAAGGAAGUCCUGGUGUGGAGCUUUCUACAACAACAGUCAGUUCAGUAGCUGUGCAGGCUGGGGACUCCAAAAUCAUUAUAGCUGUCAUAAAGUCUGGCAAAUGGAUACAACUUCAGUUGGCUGAAUCACAGCCCAAUCUUCUAGAAAUUGGUAGCAGUCAAGAUGAAACCAGAAAACUUCUUCAUGAUCAUGAACUUCUUUUGGCCAAGCUCAAGGCUUUGGAAGAUCGAGUAUGGGGACUCUUGCAGGAAGCAGAUAAGGCAGCUGAAGAGAACAAGGAUCAGAGUCAGGUCUACGAUGCCAUGGCCAACACCCUGGCUGAAGCGUGGGCAGCCCUGGUCUCCAUGCUUGAAAGAAGACGGGAACUCCUCAGGUUGACCUCUGAAUUUUUUGAAAAUGCCUUGGAGUUUGCUAUUAAAAUAGACCAAGCUGAAGAUUUCCUCCAGAACACUCAGGAGUUUGAGAGUGCUGAAUCCUUAAAAUCACUUCUUCAGCUCCACGAACAUCAUACCAAAGAACUCUUAGAACGAUCUCUAGCCCUUCUAAACAAAAGUCAACAACUGACUGAAUUCAUAGAAGAAUUCAAAUGUGAUGGGCCUAAUGUGAAUCCUGAGUUGAUUCAGGGAGCUCAUAGCAGCUGCCUGAAGAUCGACAGCCUUCUUGAACUUCUACAAGACAGGAGAAGGCAACUAGACAAGUACCUGAAGCAACAGCGGCAGGAACUGGAGCAGGUUCUGCAGAUAUGUCAGUGGGAUCAGCAAGAAAACCAGGUGACUUGUUGGUUUCAGAAAACCAUAAGAGAUUUACAAGAACAACAUCUAGGUUCAUCACUUUCAGACAAUGAGGAGCUAAUUCAUAAGCAUGAGGAACUGAUGAUAAAAGCAAAGGCAUUUGAUGUACUUGGAAGAGUUGAAGCUUACCUUAAGCUCCUUAAAUCAGAAGGUUUAAGUCUGCCUGUCUUGGCAGCGAGGCAUGCGGAAUUACACAGAGAAAUUAAAGACUGCACAGCUGAUGCUUUGCGAAAGGGGCAAGCCUUAAUCAACCAAGUAGACUCCUGCAGCUCUCGGGUGACUGGGAUCCACGAGAUGAUAGGAUGCAUUCAGAGACGAGUAGAUCAUCUGACGAAACAGUGUUCAGCGCACAAGGAAUUUGCUCUCAAGAAACAGCAAUUAACAGCCUCAGUGGAGGGUUACCUAAGGAAGGUUGAAAUGUCAAUUCAGAAAAUCAGUCCCAUACUUUCCAAUGCAAUAGAUGUCAGUUCCAGCCUGUCUGAAUCAGAAAAGAUUUUGAGUAAAUAUAUGGAAUUGGAUAUCCAAGUUAAGGAAACAUCACAUGAAUUAGAAGCAGCUGCAAAAAUCAUGACAGAGAAAAAUGAAUUUGGACCUGAUGAAGUGGCGUCACUUCGUUCUCAAGCUAAGUGGCUAGAGGAAGAGUUAAAAAUACUUGGCCAAAGCAUUGGCUCCAGGUUACGAGUCCUGCAAACUCACGUGGCAUUUCUAAAGUCAUCAGAGGAGGUAGAGGAGCAGUCUCAGAGCCUAAAGGAGUUUUACCGAACUGCAGUCUCUUGGAAGGAAGGGGAUGAUGCUAAAGCCAAGUAUUGGUGUGACUCAGCUGAGAAACAGUGGCAGCUAUUUUUAAAGAAGAGUUUUUUCACCCAAGACCUAGGGCUUGAGUUCCUUAAUUUAAUAAACAUGGCACAAGAGAAUGAGGUAUUAAAUGUGAAAAAUGAGCUGCAUAUUAUGGGGAACACUGUGGAGGACCAGAAGGCAGAAAGGGAAGAACUUUCCUGCCUUCGGGUGGCCUGGCAAGUUAAAACCACUGAAAACAAGCCUGUGAAACAGCAGUGGGGAGCAUUCAAAGAGCAACUCAAAAAGACUACUCACAACUUAAAAGUUCUUCAGGAAGCACUUAUGCCUGUGUCUGCACUUGACCUUGGAGGAAGCCUCCAGACCGUUUUAGAUCUACGGAGAAAAUGGAAUGAAAUGAAGCCUCAGUUCCAGCAACUGAAUGAUGAGGUUCAGUACAUUAUAAAAGUAUCAGAAGAGUUAAGUGGUAAAGGAGCCCCUGUGAAAGAGAAGUCUCAACAAGUGAGGGAUCUUAUUCGCCUCCAUCAAAAACAGAGAGAGAGAAUCCGAGAUUAUGAGGAUAUCCUAUAUAAAAUAGUUCAGUUCCACCAAGUAAAGGAAGAGCUGGGACAGCUCAUCAAAUCAAGAGAACUAGAGUUUCUAGAAGAGCCGAAGGAACUGAGUGAUGCUCACGAUGUCCAGGUUGACCUCAGUCGCUCGCAGGAAAAGCAGGCACAUAUAGACCAUCUCUAUAAGCUGGCCCUUUCCUUGGGAGUGAGCAUCAUCUCAUCAAUGCAGCAGCCUAACUGCUCUAAUGUUUCUGCAAAGAACCUACAGCAGCAGCUGGAGAUCCUUGAGGGGGACAGUGUGAACUGUCGUGCCCAAGCCGAGGAGUAUAAUCGAGCCCUGUCCCGCAGCUUGCAGUACUGCACCGCAAGAGACGAGAUAAAAGAGCUCCAAGAGUCAUUCAAAGAUACCAAAAAGAAAUUCAACAAUUUGAAGUUUAAUUAUAGUAAGAAAAAUGAAAAAGCACGGAAUCUGAAGGUUCUUAAAUAUCAAAUUCAACAAGUUGAUAUGUAUGCUGAAAAAAUGCAGGCUUUGAAAAGGAAAAUGGAAAAAAUUGAGAACAAAAUUUCUGAUUCUUUCUUAAAUUAUCCAAGUAAUAAAGUUAAUGUCCUUUUGGAGGCCUUGAAGGAUUUCCAAAAACAUGUGGAUGUGUUUGACAAAGUUGUGACAGAUUACAAGAAGAACUUGGACCUGAUGGAGCAUCUCCAAGAGAUGAUAGAAGAGUGUCACUUUUGGUAUGAAGACGCAAGUGCCACAGUUGUAAGAGUUGGAAAAUACUCCACAGAGUGCAAGACAAAAAAAGCUGUGGAAAUUCUCCACCAGCAGUUCAAUAAGUUUAUCAUGCCCUCAGUGCCUCAGCAAGAGAAAAGGAUUCAGGAAAUCACUGACCUUGCUCAGCGCUUAUAUGGUUUGGAAGAAGGGAAGAAAUAUGCUGAGAAAAUAGUAGCAAAACACAAAGAGGUUCUUGAAUCUGUUACUGAAUUAUGUGGGUCUCUCACAGAGCUUGGAGAAAAACUGAAGCAGGGAGACGUUUUAAAGAUAAAUCCGAAUAUGGAAGGCUUCCAUGGUUAUUGUAUUGACCUACUAAAAGAACCAGCAAGAAAUAAGCAGACAAUAUUCAAUGAAGAAAGCAAUAAGGGCCAGGCGCAAGUGGCAGAUAUUUUGGCCAUCAACGGAACAGGGGAGGAUCAGCCUCCACAGGACCUAAAGCGGCAGGCCUCUGCCAAAGAGUGUGGCAUCCAGGGCCUGCUCCUGCCUGAAGACAUGCUUUCGGGCGAGGAAUAUGAGUGUGUCUCACCUGAUGACAUCUCCUUGCCUCCACUCCCAGGAAGCCCCGAAUCCCUCCUGGCACCAUCUGACAUGGAGGUGGAGGAGCCUCCUAGCUCCUCCUCCCUCAGCCUUUAUCUAAGCAGCCUCAGGAUGCAGACUGAGACCAGCAGUCCAGAGGAGGCCCAGGAACCUGUUUUGCCACCACCUGUGGCUUUUGCUGAUGCAUGCCAUGAUAAGAGAGAAACAUUUUCAAGUCAUUUUGAGAGGCCUUAUCCCCAACUCAAAGCUGAGGCCCUAUUAACCUCCCGGGGAUUUCUGGAAAACAAUACUGCCUUCUGCAGAAUCAGUGCUAAACCGCCAGAGAGCAUGCUGAGUGAAGUGCAUGAGAGAGCUUUACAACAGCACCCUCAGGCUCAGGGAAGCUUGCUAGGAACACAGGAGAAAAUGCAUGCUGGUAAUAACGUCACUAAAACCCGAGACAGGCUGCAUGCUUCCCCUGGUGCCUCCUCAGGCCUCAGGUUUCAAUCAGACAGCAGCCGGGGCUAUCAGAGGCUGGUGGUUCCCCGAGAGGAGAUUAAAUGUACAUCAACAAAGAACAGCGUGGUCAGCCUAGCUGGCCAGGCACCUAAUUUCUCCAGGCUCCUGUCUAAUGUCACUGUCACGGAAGGUUCUCCAGUAACUUUGGAAGUUGAAGUAACAGGAUUUCCAGAGCCUACACUGACAUGGUACAAGAAGGGCCAGGAAUUGUCUGCAGAUGGGCACUUACAGGUUUUACACAAGGAGACAAAGCAUUCAGUGUUCAUUCCGAAGGCAUGUGAGGCAGAUGCAGGCCUCUAUGUGGCUCGGGCCCAAAACUCUAGUGGCACUCUCUCUUCCAGUGUCUUCCUCCAUGUGACAGGUAACCGCAGGCCACCAAUCGCAAGAAUAAAUUGGAUAACACUAUGUGUCAUUUAUGUUAGUGUGUCUUUAAUGUACUGGCUACUCACACAGUAACUGGUAUUGGCACUGAUGGACGUCAUUCUCAGGAGCCCAAAGGACAAUACAGUUGUCUAUUUUCCUGAACCUCUCA